UAUACAUAUUUAUACACAUACAUAAUAAUGAAAUCAAAAGCUUGGUUUCAAGUUUAUUAUUCAAUAUCAAAGAAUUGGGUUCAGCAGUCAAUCUUAUUACCGUCAAUAAGCUCUAUUCGCUCUCAUUUACCUUCGUUACAGACAAAUUAUAUCAAAAAUGAUACUAUAGAAAGGUCAUCGUGCAAAUCAACUUGUUAUAAUAACUGUAGACAAUCUCGACCAUUAUCAACUCAUACUGUUUCAUAUAAUAAUAGUAAUAAUAAUAAUGCAAUAGCUUAUCGUGAUGAAAAACAUGAUCCUACUAUCAUUAAAUCACCCUCACCAUUUUCUUUACCCUUAUUGGACUUCUUUUCGAAAUCAUAUAGCAAACCAGCUCCUUCUUAUAUAUUGGCUCAUGGUGCUUCAGGGUUUGCUAAAAGUCAACGUUACACAACACCAGUUUCACUUAAAAAAAGUGAUUCACCCUAUUAUAGUAUACAAGUCGGUGAAGACGCUUACUUUAGACGAUCGGAUGCAAUAGGUGUAGCAGACGGUAUUGGAGGAUGGGCAGGUGUUUCUGCUGCCAAUGCUGGUUUAUAUUCUAGAAAGCUAAUGCAUCAUGCAUAUCUUGAAUUGGAAAGAUUUGAUAAUGUAGAUGAUCCUUAUUUCUAUCUUUAUGAUGAAGCCGAUCCCAUAAAUAUAUUACAAAGGAGUUAUGAAGAGAGUAUGUUAGAGGCACAACAAGAGGGGGUUGUCGGAUCUUCUACAGCCUGCCUUGCUAUAUUAAGACACGGAGAAUUAAGAAUUGCAAAUUUAGGUGAUUCUGGUAUCUCUGUGAUCCGAUAUAAUGAUUAUAUCUUCAGAAGUGAGGAACAGCAACAUUCAUUUAAUUUUCCUUAUCAAUUAGGUACAGCUUCUCCUGAUAGACCUAAAGAUGCUCAAUCAUUUACAGUUGCAAUUGAAAAAGGAGAUAUAGUGAUUAUGGGAUCUGAUGGAUUAUUUGAUAAUCUAUUUGAUAAAGAAAUUUUAGCAAUCGUGAAAAAAUAUGUAUCCGCUUACACUUUACCUGGAACAAGGAAUUGUCCACCUAGAGUAUUAUCUAUGGAUCCACAAAAGAUUUCUGAUGCUUUAGCAGAAAGAGCAAAGGUAGUCAGUCUUAGCAAAUUAAAUGUAGAUAGUCCAUUUCAAGAAAGGGCAGUCAAUGAAGGAUUGUAUUAUCAGGGAGGGAAAGCAGACGAUAUUAGUGUCAUUGUUGCCAUUAUCAAGGAUUGCGAAGAUAGCCCUGAUAGGCGAUUAUAGACAAGACUUUUUUCUUUAUUUUGUUUAAUAAUAUAGUAGACCACAUGUAUAUCCAUUAUAAAUAAUAAAUACAUAAUAACGAUAAUUUUCUAUUUUAUAUACAAG